UUUUUUUAAAAACAUUUUAGUUUUUAUAGGAUAAGCAGAGAAGGCCCUGCUGGCACUGACAACACACCACUGCCUGAGAUGCUUCAUAGCAGCAAAACCAGUAUUGCCGUUACUUUAUCAAUAGUAGGGGCUGUGGUCUUCGUCAUCUUUUUCUUCAUCUGCUGUUGCUGCUGCCCCGGCUGCUGUAUCUAUCAAACGUGUGUAAAACCCAGACCUGUGGAUGAAACACAUGUAACUACAGUCAUGAAUACACAAUCCAUUCAGCCGCAGCCUGUAAUGCAGGGAGGCCAGUACCCACAAUACCAACCAGUGCCGACUCAAGCAGGUUACUGGGGUCAGCCUAUGCAGACAGCACCAUAUCAGGGACAGUCAUAUGCACCAGAACCCCCACCCUCGUAUGACGUGGCCACGAGUCCUGGAUAUCCCACUAUUCAGGGUGCAUAUAAUGGAGGCCAGGCCAUGUACCCCAUGAAGUCACCUGACCAGCCGGGUGCUGCUCCUGUCCUUUCAGAGACAUUGAAUCAGCCGGCUUACAACCCCGACUACAUGCAGCCACCAAAAACCGGUUACUAA